UUGUGCUUGAUGGGUUUUUUUGCUAAGGGAGCAGACCUUGGAGCUAAAGACAGAACUGUGGGUUUGGGGGGGUUGGUAUUUAUAUGCCAAAACACAUAUUGGCUGAACCCCCAAGCAAAAAAAAUUUUUCUUUAGCAAUUGUCUUCUGUCGUACAUCAAAACUUUGGGGGAGUCCUCCGUAAUCUUGCAACAUGACAUCCAAGCAGGAACAAAAAGAAGCUCAUCACGCCAAUGGAGUCGUGCUGCCCAUUGUUUCUGGGACGAUAGACUGUCUCUCCAGCCCUGACAAAGAGCAUCUAGUUGAGUCUUCAGAGUUUUUGGGACCUGAAGAAGUCGGAGUGGAGGUAGUGGUGAUAGAAUCUCGAGCCAACGCCAGAGGGGUACGCGAGGAGGAUGCCUUGCUGGAAAAUGGCAGUCAGACCACUGAGAGUGACGAUACCAGCACGGACCGGGGUCCAGUACCAAGCUCUCCUCUCAAAGAGACAUCCUUUUCCAUUGGGUUGCAAGUCCUCUUUCCUUUCCUGCUGGCAGGGUUUGGGACGGUAGCUGCUGGGAUGGUGCUGGACAUGGUGCAGCACUGGGAUGUCUUCAAGUAUGUGAGCGAAGUAUUUAUCCUGGUUCCAGCCCUCCUAGGACUGAAGGGGAAUUUGGAGAUGACGCUAGCAUCUCGUCUUUCUACUGCUGCUAAUAUUGGGCAAAUGGACACCCCCAAAGAACUCUGGAAGAUGAUAACAGGGAACAUGGCUCUAAUACAGGUUCAAGCAACAGUGGUAGGUUUCCUGGCGUCAAUUGCUGCAGUGGUAUUUGGCUGGAUCCCAGAUGGACACUUCAGCAUUGGCCAUGCCAUUCUUCUCUGUGCCAGUAGUGUGGCUACAGCCUUCAUAGCUUCCCUCGUGCUGGGCAUGAUCAUGAUUGGCGUAAUCAUCGGCUGUAGAAAGAUGGGCAUUAACCCUGACAAUGUGGCUACACCUAUCGCUGCGAGUCUGGGUGAUCUCAUCACUUUAGCUUUGCUUUCUGGGAUCAGCUGGGGCCUCUACAUAGAACUGGAGGACAAAGCCUAUGUGAAUCCUCUGGUGUUUGCUUUCUUUGUUGCUCUGCUGCCCCUUUGGAUCAUCAUUGCCAAGAGGAAUCCAGCUACUCGGGAGGUUCUGUACUCGGGCUGGGAGCCGGUCAUCAUUGCUAUGGCUAUUAGCAGUGUUGGAGGUUUAAUCCUGGGUAAAACUGUGUCAGAUCCAAAUUUUGCAGGGAUGGCUGUCUUCACACCUGUUAUCAAUGGUGUUGGUGGCAAUCUGGUCGCUGUCCAGGCCAGCCGCAUCUCUACAUACCUCCACAUGAGUGGGAUGCCUGGAGAGACCUCAGAGAUAGCUCCCCGCAAGUGUCCAAGCCCUUGCCGCACUUUCUUCAGUUCAGAUGUGAAUUCCCAGUCUGCUCGGGUGCUCUUUCUCCUGGUGGUUCCUGGCCACUUGGUUUUCCUUUACACCAUCAGCUCCAUGCGGGGUGGCCACACAACACUCACCUUGAUCUUUAUAGUUUUCUACAUGACAGCAGCACUUCUCCAGGUUUUCAUUCUUCUCUACAUUGCUGACUGGAUGGUCCACUGGAUGUGGGGCAGAGGCAUGGACCCGGACAACUUCUCAAUUCCUUACUUGACGGCGCUGGGUGACUUGCUUGGGACCGGUUUCUUGGCACUCAGCUUCCACAUCCUCUGGCUCAUUGGAGACCGGGACACAGAUGUGGGGGAUUAGAGGCACCCUUC